UUUUAACUGCAGCAUUUGUUUUCUGGGAUAUCAGAGAGAGACAAGCGGAGGAUUUUUGAGAGAUGGCCCGUACCAAGCAAACUGCUCGUAAGUCAACCGGAGGAAAGGCUCCUAGAAAGCAACUCGCCACCAAGGCUGCCCGUAAGUCCGCCCCAACCACCGGAGGAGUCAAGAAGCCCCAUCGUUACCGCCCUGGAACUGUUGCUCUUCGUGAAAUCCGUAAGUAUCAGAAGAGUACCGAGCUUCUGAUCAGGAAGCUUCCUUUCCAGAGGCUUGUCCGUGAAAUUGCCCAGGAUUUCAAGACUGAUCUGCGUUUCCAGAGCCACGCCGUGCUGGCACUUCAGGAGGCAGCUGAGGCAUACCUUGUGGGUCUUUUCGAGGACACCAAUCUCUGCGCCAUUCAUGCUAAGCGUGUUACCAUCAUGCCCAAGGAUAUCCAGCUGGCCCGUAGGAUCAGAGGGGAGCGUGCUUAAUUGAUUUGCCUGCAACUGCAAGAAUUUGAUAUUCCCAGCAUGGAUGUAUUUUGUUCUUUGGUAGAUAGUGGGUGGGGUAGUGUAGCGAAAAUAUGGGUGAUGGGUACGGCUGGUGUGUUCUAAUGUCUGUUAAUGGGAGAUUUAGUCUGAUACUUUUCUGAUAUAAUUUCUGGUUUAAUGUGUUUUUUGGACGCUGUAUUGCCAGUGCCUGAACAAGUAUUAUUUUAUCUAAUCUUAGCCUAGUUUGUUAAUUUUUGUAUCUGCAAGUUUAAUUUUCGGAUGUGAUUGUAUUGCUUUGCAUUCAAGUUAUAUAAAAUCCACUUGAAUGC